AUUUUUGAAAAUAAUGGUAUAUCAUUGAUAUUAUUAUUUCUUAGAAUAGCAAACUCAGUGGGAAGAUUAAGAAGCCUCCAGUUGUUGAGGAAAUAUAAAGUAAUAUUAUCAAUUUAAAUUUAGUUAAGCCCAGAACCGAGGAAUAGAUAUAAUCAGUUGCAAAAAAUGUUAGGAAUGGAGAUGUGUCUAAUCCGGAAGUUGUCCUCAUAGGGGAAGCUGAAUUACAAAGAAUGAAGGUAUUACUUGUAUUUUAUAUAUUUUCAGAAUAAUGCUAUCAUAACGACCAAAGAAGAAUAAUUAUACUAAAAAAAAUUGCUUGAGGAAUAAAAAGAGAAGUAGAUGGCUGCAGCAAAGGCUAAAAAGUAAAAAAUGUUACAAAUGGAGGAAGAAAAGAAAAAGUAAGUGCCUCUUUCAACUCAGUAAGAAGAAGAUAAGGUGGUCAAAGAUUCACUUCUUGCAAGGGUAGAUUAUGGUUUUAAUUCUUUGUUAGGCAGCAGAGAUCAUGAAUGAAUAGAUGGAUGAUGUAAAGGAAAUGAACAAAAUGGUUAUGUAUGCAAAAUGUGUAACUGUUCGAGAUAAGCAAUUACAUGAGAAGAAAGAGCUUCAUGAAUAAUAUAAAGUAUAAGAGAAACGUAAGGAUUUGAUGAUGGAAAUUGAAAGGCUCAAAUCUAUUAAAUACCAUGAAGAAAAAGAUAAAUAAAGAAAAGUCGAGUAAAAACAUGGUCACGAUAUUAUAAUUGAAUAAAUAAAGGAAAGAGAACUCAUUCGUUUGAAAGAUAAAGAAGAAUAAGAAAGAGAAGGUUAGGUCAUGCUUAAACAAAUCAAAUAAUUGCAAGUCGAAGAAUAAUAGAAGGCUAUGCAGAAGAAGAUUACUUAAUAAAAGGUUUAAGAAGAGAUCUUAGAGGCUAAUGAUAGAGCUAUUUUGGUUAAAGAGAAGAGAAAGUUGGAAGAAAGAGAAGAGGAAGAAAUGAUUGUUAAAUACAAUUUGUAAAAGGCAUAGAAGGAAGCAGAAUUGUUGGAAGAGUAAAGAAGAAUCAAAGAAGAAAAAGAAAGAGAAGUUUAGAGAUUGAGAGAAAUGCAAGAAAAAGCAUAAGAUAGAUAAGCUGAAUUAGAUGCUUUAAGAGCUAAAAGAGCAAUGGAAUAAAAUGAAAGAUAAGCCAGAGAAAAGGAAAGAAAGGAAGCAGAGUGGAAAAUGAAAUUGAAUCAUGAAGUUCAUGAAGCAAGAAAAUUACAACAAUAUGAAAAACAAGAACGAUUAGAAGAAUAGGUACAUUGCUUAAUUAACUUUUAUUUAGGCUAGAUUGGAAAGAGAUGAAUUUUAGAGAGUCAUAUAGAAACAAAAAUAAGAGAGAGAAAAUGAAUUAAAAUUACAUCAUGAAAAAGAAGCAUUAGUAAAGAAGCAUGCAGAUGAACUCAGAAAGCAGAUAUCACUCAAUGAGGAAAAAAGAAAACAAGAAGAAAGAGACAAGUAUUAUAAUAUAUCUUAAUUUUUAGAUUGGAAGAAGGUAAAAAAAUUAGAGAUAAAAUGCUAAAUGAGAAGAAAUUAUUGGAGAAUAUCAAAGAAACUAAAUUAAAGACAUUAAAUGAUAACGCCAUUCCAGAUAAAUAUAAAGCAGAGUUAUCGAGGAAAAAAAUUAAUAUAUAAAUUUGA